CUGAAGUGUGAAGCCGUGGUGAAGGCUGGUGGCGAGCAGGGGGAUGCCGGCCAAUAUGCAGCUCCUCAUCAGAUGUAACGGGAGGAUUUUCCUGGCUAUUUGUUUAAUCCUCUUUGUGGGAUACACAGUGCAAGGUGCUCCGAUGCAGAAGGCAAGGUACAAGAGAGUGAGAUGCCGCCCUGACGCCUGGUCUGCUAACUGCAUUGAAGAGAAGGGGCCCUGGUUUUACAUGCCCACCGGUGGAGCCAACAGGAUCCUUCCUCCCAUGGCAGACCCAUCCCUGAUGAAGAGAUACCAGGAGCUGGAUGACAUAUUUCCGCUCUCAGAUGAGGAGUCCGGCUCCGGGUCUGACGCUGUGGUGGAAGCGGAGCCAGCCUCCGGGUCGGGGCUCAGCGACGGCGAUGGCUUCUCUGAGUCAAAGCUGCCUGUCUUCCUAGAGGGCCCGCGAGGCGGCGAGCUGAAGCAAAAGCUAACGGAGGAGGAUUUGCUCCUGUAGGGCUGGAGACGUUGGCCUCCUCGUGAUGGCAGCGGCCUCCCUCACCUCCCGCGCCCCUUCCCCGGUGCCUGACCUGAUGCGAAGGCCACAAAGCGGUUUUAAACCAACUCCAAACCAAUAAAAACUUUGCC